AGAGAGAAACUAACACAGCUCAGCUCCCUCACAGCCGACUAACAGCAUGGAGCUUUAUUUAUGAGAGAACACGUUCUGACAGCCAGAGGCACUUUUCUGACAGAUGCUAUUGUGAGGAUUGUGUGGAUAUGAUGGUGCCAACCCAGCCUUGAGAAUGUAUGAGGUGAUGUCCGGUGACACCCUGUCCUGGAAGGUGCCCAGUCCAAGACAAAGUGACCCAGAGCCCAACCCUGAAUUGCAAUUCACUGGGGAUGGAGGGCCCGUCAAGAUCCUCAAAGUGUGCUUCUGCACCAACAACAACCUGGGCAAGAACUUCAAGCUGGUUAAAUGUGACAGCUCCUGGCAAAUCAGGGCAAUCAUUCGUUCGAUUCUGAUCAGCGGUCGACUGGGGCCGAACAUCAAACACACGGGAUGCUACGGUCUCCUGCUGAAGCACCUGAAGUCAGAAGAACUUCACUGGCUGCAUCCAGAUCUGACUGUCGGCGAGAUGGAACAACGCUACGAGAGCCAUCACGUGGAGGCUGAGUGGAGGUAUGACCUUCGUAUCAGAUACAUACCCGUCAAUUUCCUGGAAAGAUUCAAAGAUGACAGGUCCACACUAGUGUAUUUUUACCAGCAGGUGCGCAAUGAUUACAUGCAGUAUUAUGCCAGUAAGGUCAGUGAUGGGAUGGCGCUGCAGCUUGGCUGUUUGGAGAUCAGGAGGUUCUAUAAAGACAUGAAUUCAAAAGGUCUAGAGAAGAAGUCUAACUUUGAGCUGCUAGAAAAAGAAGUGGGCCUGGAACUUUUCUUUCCUCAACAGGUGAUUAACAGCAUGAAGUCAAAGCCUCUGCGGAAGUUGAUCCAGCAAACGUUUCAGCAGUACGCAACACUCAAGGAGGACGACUGUAUGGUCAAGUUUUUUGAGACCCUCAAAGAUUUCAGCAAUUUUGAUGAAGAGGUUUUCCCAUGUGAACUAGUGCAAGGCUGGAGUCUGUCGGUGGAGCUGGUCAUCGGUGGAAGGGGAAUUCGCCAACGCACGCAGAAGAAUUCAGCGGCUGUUUUUCUAGCCGACUUCAAACAGAUCAAGAAAAUACAAUGCUUAUCUCAGAGUGAUGGCAAGGCUCUUGUGAACUUCGACAUAGAAGGGGCCAAACAACGUCUAUCAAUCAAUGUGGCCACGGUCCCUAUGGCAGAGAACAUGAUGGACCUUAUUGAUGGUUACUGCCGCUUGGAAAAUGACACGGAAGAUACCAUUAUCUACCGACCAAAUAGAGAUGCCAAUGCAAGAUGUUCCCUACCUGAGAUUCCUAAAAGCACAGACACUGGAUCUUCCAGACACAGUAUGGGUUCAGAUAUCUAUUGCGAGAUUAACGAUGAAAGGCCAAAAUCAGUUGUUAAGUACGGGAUCGACCGACGUGACGUUGUUCUUGGCCGAAUCCUUGGUGAGGGGUUUUUUGGGGAAGUCUACGAUGGAGUUUACAAAAAACCCAAUGGCGAAAAGGUUAACGUGGCGGUGAAGACCUGCAAAGACUGUUCACCUGACGUGAUGGAGAAGUUCAUGAGUGAAGCAGUAAUUAUGAAGAACCUCAAUCACCAGCACAUCGUCAAACUUAUUGGAAUCACAGAGGAGAAUCCGGUGUGGAUUGUCAUGGAGCUUUAUCAGUAUGGAGAGCUCGGGAACUACCUAAGUCAGAACCAGAAAACACUGACAAAUACAACUCUGGUGCUGUUCAGCCUGCAGAUCUGCAAAGCUCUCGUCUACCUCUCAGGGGUCAAUGUGGUACACAGAGACAUUGCUGUUCGGAACGUGUUAGUCGCCAGUCCAGACUGUGUGAAGCUCGGAGACUUCGGUCUGUCGAGAUACAUUGAGGAUGAAGAGUACUACAAAGCGUCUGUUACUCGGCUGCCAAUCAAGUGGAUGGCUCCAGAAUCCAUCAACUUCAGACGCUUCACCACAGCUAGUGAUGUGUGGAUGUUUGCUGUAUGCAUGUGGGAGAUAAUGAGCCGUGGGCAGCAGCCGUUUUUCUGGCUUGAGAACAGAGACGUGAUCAACCAACUGGAGCAGGGAAUCAGGCUACCCAAGCCUGAUGACUGCCCUCCUGCCCUCUACUCACUCAUGACCCGCUGCUGGUCCUACGACCCCAGAGAGAGACCAAACUUCACUGAGCUGGUGGUCAAGAUUAGUGAUGUCCACAAGAUGGAGAAGGAGGAGGAAGUGGAGAGAGAGAGGAACAGAGCGCGCGCCACAAAAUUGUUCGACGCCAAGCUCACCUUUCACGAGCCUCCUCCCAAGCCUUCGAGAAUGAAACCAUCGCGGUUUGGGAACACGCUCAAUAUUGGUCUACACAUUCAGCUGAACGAGGCUUUGUGUGCCAGCUCACCUGACCUGGCUAGCCCAUGUGAAUAUCAGACCCCUGUCGAUUCCAUGAACACUAUUCAGUUGCCCAUCAGGUCCCCUCGGCGUCGAAGCGUGGGGGAGGGCGAGUUUCUCCGAAUGGAACCAAACAGCAAAGAGGACGCCCAGCUCCUGUGGCAGAGAGAGAGACACAACAUGCAGGACACUCUCCGCCAGCAGAAAGAGCAGAUGAUGGAGGAUAAAAAGUGGCUAGAGAAGGAGGAAAGACUCCUGGACCCCGUGGCACCAGAGGACCGUGUCAGCCCUGUGGCCGCUGAAGCUGAUGCCAAGAAUGUGGCUCCAGAGAAGCCCCCACGGCUCACAGCACAGCCUGCACCCACAGCCGAGCUCGACCGCUCUGACGACAAAGUGUAUAACUCUGUCAUGAAUCUGGUCAAAGUUGUUGUCCAACUCAAGAAUGACAUCACCGAGGUGCAGCCGGAAAAAUAUAUCACCGUAGUCCAGUCUGUAGGCAUGGCUUUACGAGAUCUGAUUCACAGUGUGGAUGAGAUACUGCCCACCUUACACGAGUCUGUCAGGACUGAGAUCGAGGGCACUCAGAAGCUGCUGAACAAAGACAUGGCGGAGCUGAUCAGCAAAAUGCGCCUGGCCCAGCAGAAUUCCAUCACCUCUCUGAAGGAAGAGUGUAAGAAGCAGAUGCUGGCUGCAGCACACUCUCUGGCUAUGGACAGCAAGAACAUGUUGGAUGCGGUAGACCAAGCCAGAGUCAGGGCCAACUUAGCCAAACCAGCGGCCCCAUAGUGGACUGUAAACUCUCUCAUUGAGUUUACACAUCAAGCUUAAAUCCGACUUUCUCACAUCUGUCAGUCAGAAAUAACAUUUGCCCACAAUCAUUUUUAUUUUGAUCAAACUACUUAAAUUCAACUCAGUGGAUAUGGACAACUCGGAAAAAAGUGGAUGCAUAUUCUUACCAAGGUAGUAUAACAUGUAUACAGAAAUUGAUGAUCGUCUAUUGGCAGUAUGUUUAGGAUCCUGUCAUUUCAGAGAAACUUUAUUUACUUUAUUUAAUGUAAACAGUUCUCAUUUGUGAUUGGUGAGUUAUUGAUUUAAUUAUCUGCUCAGAAAUUUAAUUAUCCUUGUAGAUAUAAAAUAGUGUCUUUUGACAAAUACCAUAGGUUUUACCGCAGAGAAAAAGAAAGAAUAGUGUAAUGAUUAUUAAAGUAAAUCGUUCACUCUUUCAAACCUGUCAGUAGUAACCUGAGUGAAAUGUAAAGAUGACAAAACCAAAAGGUUUGUCAGUCAUUCAGCUGUUAAAAAGUGUUUUACAUACAGUAUAUACAGUACAUACGGUAUCUCAAGUUUUAAUAUGUUAGAAUUAUUAUGAGAUGAAGACAACAAUGGUAUGGGUUAUCAGAUAUAUCAAAGGUACUCAAAGAGUCACAUAUUUUUGCAUUAUGCCCAUUAUAUUAUUAUUAAAUGUGAAAUUCUAGCAUGUAAAUCAAUUGAUAUAAAUAUCAUGAUAUUUACCAUACAUUAAUGCCUGUUCAUUGAAACAUAUCUCUUGUUGCUGUUGAGCAUAGUAAAUCUUAGAUGUUCUGCAUUUCCUCUCAUUGUUUUAUGGCUGUUGAAUUGGUCUGCAUUAUAUCGUACAGUUGUUGCCUUCACUUUGUCCCCCCUGCAGCACUAUAGCAUUGUGUUUCAGCAUACAGUACAUAAAUAUACUGACAUGGUAGGAAUCCUUAACUAGCAGAGUACACUCACUAUGAGUGCAGAGCAACACAAGGUGUGUCUGGGGGCAAGUAGGUGGGGAACAGAGAGUGAAGGGCAGGCUGUGUGUCCAGUGGGUACGCAUGAGAGAGGUGGAAUGAAGGGGACAACGUUUUUUGUAUAGUAUAAUGUAUGUUUUCUUAUAUAGAUGUAUGCAAAUGUUCUUAAUAAAGUGUUUGGAUGUCCUUAGGA